AUGUUCAAGAAACUCGUCAAGCGCAGUCGGCGCCACGGCCCGGACGACGACGAGCCGAACGACCGGCAGCGCAUUAGCGUCGGCAGCAAGUCGUCGAAAAAGCCCAAGGCAAAAAAAGGUGCGGCAUUCCUCGAUGCCGACACGCUUGGCACGCUCUCGAGCGCCGUGGCCGGCAAGCACAAGCUCAGCCCCGCGCGCCUCUGUCGCGUUUUUGAACAGUACGAUACGGACGAAGCCGGCGUUGUUGACGACACGACGUUUGCCAAGUGCAUCAAGAAGCUCGGCGUCGGAUGGUCGAAAGACCAGCUGUCGGUCGUCCAAGACUGCUUCCGGGUACGCCGACAAGCUAUCGACUACUACAGCUUUGUGGACUUUGCCACGAGCACGCGCGACUCAGAAAAACUCUCUGCGGUUGCUGCCGCGCUCUGCGAAGCCAUUGCUGACUAUGACAAGCGGUCGGGUGAGCAGCCCUUCAACAUGUACGAGUCGCUCGAGCGCGCCGACAAGAACGAGCGGGGAUGGCUCGCACCGGACGUGUUUCGCAAGUGUCUUACGCGACCGGUCGAUAUGGAGCUCACGUCCAAGCAAGUGAACCUUCUCCUGGAUCGAUUCUCGUUUGAAUUCGAUUCAAACAACGACGACGAUGGUAUCGGCGUCGAUUACGCGCAAUUUGCGGCGUGGCUGCAACCGUCGUUUCACUACAAAGCCAAGGAGCUGCAGAAACGCGUGCAAGGGCUCUUCCGACACGCCAAGAAGACGCAUGGGCUGCGUUGCAUCGACAUCUUCAAGGCCGUUGACGACGACGACAGCGGUCUCAUUUCCCGACUCGAGUUUAAAGAGGCGCUCCACGACCUCGGGUUCCCCGUCACGGACGCGCAAAUCAAGGGGCUCAUCGAGUCGGUCGAUGGCGACGGCAACGGCAAGAUUGACUACAAGGAAUUCGCGGUCGCGUUUGGCGCACCGAGUGAAAACGACGACGACGACGACGAUGAUGACAAAGUCAAAACGACCAAGCGCAAAAAUGCCAAGAAAAUUCCGAGUUUCAAGGCGCUCAUUGAGCCAAGUGCACUUUCGGCGAUGCUCACCGCUGUGCACGGCAAGCAACGCAAGAACGGUCUCGAUAUCGCGGCCGUGUUUGAGAAAUACGACACGCACGAGCGGGGCUACCUCGACGCUGCAGCGUUUACGAAGGGCAUUGCCAAGCUCGGUAUCAAGCUCAAGAAGGACCAUCUCGCUUGCUUGUGUCUGUGCUUUGGCGUCAAGAAGAAGACGGACGCCAUCGAUUACUACGCAUUUGUCGACUACCUCCAGCAUCAGCCCGACACGAAGCAGCUCGAUAAAGUCCGGUCCAAGAUCACGACGCAGCUUCGGGCCUUCGACAAGGCGUCGGGCGAGGCUCCGACCAACUUGCACACGCAAUUGGCACAACUCGAUACCAAAGACGCCGGUUGGAUUCCGAUCGCGACGGCCGACAAGUUUUUCAGUGACCACGGAGGCCUCCGCCUCACGGCGUCCGAGAUUGAUACUCUCCUCGAACGCUUUGGCUACGACUACACGGUGCGCGGCAAGUCCAAGCCAGUGACGGGCGUGGACUACGACCAGUGCGCGCGCUGGCUGCAGCCGUCGCUGCAUCUCGAUGUCCAAGCGCUACAUGCCACCGUACGAUCGCUCUUCCACCACGCCCAAAAGACGCUCCAGCUGCGCCUCAAAGACGUGUUUCGGGACAUUGAUGCGGACGAAAGCGGCGUCAUCUCGUGCAUCGAAUUGAAAGAGACGCUGCAAGCGAUGGGGUCGCCCCUCACCGACGCGCAGGUGCGGUGCCUCGUGGACGAGUACGACACGGACGGCGACGGCAAAAUCAACUACCGCGAGUUUGUGGCGGCGAUCGGCGAGCCCGACGACAAGGAGUCGAAACACAAAAAAGACAAGUCGUUGGCGAAACCGCGCAGUGUCGUGCU